AUGAAUACUUAAACUAAUUAGCUAUCUUAGCACAUUCAGUAACUCGAGAAAUUACACUUUUAUAACUAAAAUAAUAAUAUAUUCUUAAUAAUAUUUUAAAGAAUUACAAAAUGUCAAUUUAAUAGUCGUAUCAAAAAAUCAAAAUGUUAAAGGAAAGAAAUUGAAUAAUGCAUAGAUGUAAGUUUAUUAAUAUUUUUAGUCGUUGUUUAUCCAAAAAAAUUAUUUAAUAGUUGAAGUAUUUAUUUUAGAUAAUCCAAUUUAAAAAAUUAACAAUUAUAAUUCAGAAUUAUCACUUUCAAAAUUAAAUGAAUUGCCUUUAAUGGAUUUAUCGGACUUUAAAAUGAUUGAAGAAUUAACUCCAUUAAUCAAUUAUAAAAAUAAACAUUAAUUAUAAAUUAAAUAAUAAUCAGAUUAAGAACAAUCCUAAUCAUUAAUAAACUCUUAAUUAUUAGAUUUAUAAGAAAAAGACCAAAUAGUUGAAUCUCAAUUUUAAUCAAAUUAAACCCAUUUAAUUUUUAAAUUAUUUUAGAUAAUUCGAUUAAAUAAUAGAAUUAUUGUCUUGCUUUUGCUUUUAAUAAAGAUUGCUCAUUUGUUAGAUAAAUAAUUAUAUAUCAAUUCAAAUUCAAAAUUUAAUAAUAAAUUCAGUUAUUAGAUUACCAUAAAGGCACUGUGA